ACAAGAAUUACAUACAAACAUGAACAUCCCAUCAAUGACCGUAAAGAAACCAAAAGAGAGAAGAAAUGAGUUUUCUUGCGGGAAGAUUAGCAAGCACAGAGGGCGCCUAUUUCUUACAAGAAUCCAAACAAGCCGUGACCCGUCUCCUCCAACACCCAAAGAACGCCUCUGCGAUCAUUAAACCGGCAAAUUCAAAUACAAAUACAGUUCUCGUUGACAACAUUAAACCGUCAACGACAGCUGAUGUUCUUCCAGAAGUUUUGAGGCACUCACUGCCUUCCAAGAUUUUCCUUUCACCAAUAUCAUCGUCCUCGGAAAAUUCUUCCAUUUCUAAGGCCUCCAAAUGGGCUCUUCAUUCUGAAAACAAAAAUGUGUCAAAUGUGUCAUCUGAUGCUCUUAAUCCCCUUAGGGCUUAUGUUUCCCUGCCCCAGGUCACUUUUGGCCCCAAAAGGUGGCAGUUACCUAAUUCAGAGAACUCGGUUUUAGCCUCGACUGCUAAUGAUUUGCGGAGUGACAAAUACACCCCUAUCAACCCUGAAAAGCUGAAGGCUGCUGCAGCCGGGCUAUCUCAAAUUGGAUCAGCAUUUGCUGUUGCUACUGCUAUUGUCUUUGGCGGUGCCACCUUGAUGUUUGGGCUAGUAGCAUCCAAAUUGGAGUUGCAUAAUGCUGAUGACAUUCGGACUAAGGGGAAGGACUUUGUUCAACCAAGGAUGGAAAUGAUUAGAGAGCAACUAGGUCCCUUGAGAACUUGGGCCGAAGACAUGACGAAGAAAUGGCAUUUGGAAAGGGAAGAAUCUUUUAAAGAAAAGCCUCUUGUAAAGGAGCUCUCAAGGAUGCUGGGUGCCAAGACCUCGAACUGAAUAUCUUGUAAUAUUAUUGCAACUCUUCAUAUAAUAAUAAUAUAGAGUUUGAUGGACAUUUUUUAUGCUGCACCCGAAGAAGUGUUUUGGGGAGAAAAUAAUAAUUGGUGAUUGACUUGUGUUUUCUGUUAAAUUAACUGUCAUGUAAUUGUACUGGGAGCAUCUGUGAAAUUUUCUGAAGGUGUUAAAAUAGCAAAUGCAGCAUUUUGUAUAAUAGAUUGUAGUACA